GCCGGCCGCAGCCCCGACGCCCAUUUGCUCCCUCGCUGCUUUACCAUUGGCGCCGCCGCCGCGCCUCCUGCACCGACAGCAACGCCCAAACCCUACCUCAUCUCUCAGCCCUCCUCCGCCGGUUGCCCUCUUCGCCGCCGUCGCGCCUGCGACUCGGCGGGCGUGGACGGGUGGCCGCGGUGCGUACACGGCGAGCGGUGGCAGACAUUGGGGGACCUCCUGUGUGGCCAUGCCGUCAGGUCCUCAGCGCCACGGUUCCCCUUCGUCUUCUUCCCCCGGUGGCCUUCACUGAUCAAACGCUCCCUCUCCCUGCCGCACUGAGGAGGUAUGUCCCAUCAAUCAGACACUUCUUCAUGCUCAGAUGAUUCCGAAGAUAGCAAUAUCAUUGACCCAGCCAGCAUAUACACUAUGGAAGAAUUCAUUUCUGAGCAAAGUAUCUUGGACAAUUUUCUUGAAAGGAUCACUGUGCAGAUUCAGUCCAAGAUUGAAGAUCAGGAAACUGGUACAAGUCAUCAUCGAAGGGGUGAACGGAAAUAUGUAAGAAGGAAUCAUGAAGAGGGCCAUCAACGACUUGUGAAAGACUACUUCUCUGAAGAUCCAAUCUACAAUGAUAAACUCUUCCAUGCCAGGUACCGGAUGAGAAGACCCCUUUUUCUACGUAUUGUUCAUGCCUUAGGUGAGUGGUCUCCUUAUUUCACCAAUAGGAGAGAUGCCUCCAGUCAUCAAGGGAUCUCACCUUUGCAGAAAUGCACAGCAGCCAUUUGUACAUUAGCAUGUGGCUCCCUCGGAGAUGCCAUUGACAAAUAUGUCGAAAUUGGUAAGAGCACAGCGCUAGAGUGUUUGGAACGGUUUGUGGAAGGGGUGAUUGAUAUUUUUGGUGAAGAAUAUUUGCGAAGCCCCACUAGUGAGGAUAUGCAACAUAUACUACAACUGAAUGAAGCACGAGGCUUCCCUGGCAUGUUAGGAAGUAUUGGUUGUAUGCAUUGGGAGUGGAAAAAUUGCCCAGUUAUAUGGAAGCGUCAUCUUACUCAUACUGAUCAUGGUGAUGCUACGAUGAUUCUUGAAGCGGUUGCUUCGCAUGACCACUGGAUAUGGCAUGCUUUCUUUGGUGCCGUUGGGUCCAACAAUGAGAUCACCAUUCUCAGCCAGCCACAGUUGUUCACUGAGGCACUGAAAGGCCAAGCUACCCAGGUGCAAUUCUCUGUCAAUGGAAGACAAUACAAUACCGGUUACUAUCUUGCUGAUAGAAUAUAUCCAGAGGGCAAUGUCUUCAUUAAAACAGUACCCCUUCCUCAGAGCGAAAAGGAUCGAUUAUUUGUACGGCAUCAAGAAGGAGCAAGGAAAGAUGUCCAAGAAGCCUUUGGGCUUCUACAAUCUCGUUUUGCCAUUGUGCGUGGUCCAACUCGUUUCUUUCAACAAGAGACUCUUGUAAAAGUCAUGCAAGCUUGCAUUAUACUUCACAACAUGACACUGGAGGAUGAGAAAGAAAUGGCAAGCCCUUGUUUUGACUCCGAUGAAAUUUCAGGGACAUUGGCUGUUCUUUUGCCAGACAUCAACACUGUGCCUCCUGAUUGUUUCACUGAAGUACUACAGAGAAAUGCUUCUGCUUGUGCUCCACCAACACAUACACAACUUAAAAGGGACUUAAUGGAGCAUAUUUGGCAGAGAUUUGGUCCAUUUGGCAACGAGUAAAACAAUUAGUCCUAAUCUGUGAUAUGUUAUCAGGGGAAUGCUUAGGCUUUGACUAUGCACCUUCUGAAGUACUAUAGGCCAACAAGUUGGAACUCCAGAAUUAUACUGUGCACAAUAGCGAUCUCAAGCAGGAGUUCCACUGGAUUACCUGUAGUGGAGUUCAACAUUAACCAGUGAUGUGGAUCUAUUGUUUCUUUUGUAUUAGUAGCUGUUCUCACUUGCUGCUACAAUGGCUAGCUCUGUGCUGUAAUCUUCUGUGCCAACUGCGGAUAUGUUGGUUGUUUUGUAAAAAUGACAUUACGCUAUAAUACUUGUAAGACUGAGUUAUGACACUCGCUACCUGGAGUGUCAGUCCAUGCCAGGACCUUGGUUGACGCCUUGAAGGGUUUAAAAUCGUUUCACUUUUUGAUCUUGUAGAUAAAACUUUUAUACAUGUCAAAAGCAAAAGUGGUAAAAUAAAUUA